AGAGAGCUCUCGAUAUUAUUUUCCAUUUCGUGUACUCGGCGGGCGCAGAGCACAGAGCAUUCAAGCGGCGGAGAGGAGUACCGUCCGACGGAACAGUCGUGCCAGUCCUCCGCGAACCGAGCCCACUUACCUGGCCUGGCCAUGGACGAACAGGCGGGGCCCGGAGUGUUUUUUAACAACAAUAAUAACUCGGUGCUGCCCGGCGGUGGGAAAGGACCACAGGCCGGCGACAGCGGCGGAGGCGAGGCGGCGAGGGCGCAGUACAGUAUUCCGGGAAUCUUGCACUUCCUGCAGCACGAAUGGGCCCGCUUCGAGGUGGAACGAGCGCAAUGGGAGGUGGAACGGGCCGAAUUGCAGGCACAGAUCGCCUUCCUGCAGGGGGAGAGGAGAGGGCAGGAGAACCUGAAGAAGGACCUGGUGAGACGGAUCAAGAUGCUGGAGUACGCCCUGAAGCAGGAGAGAGCAAAAUACCAUAAAUUAAAAUAUGGAACGGAGCUCAACCAAGGAGAUAUGAAACCCCCAACCUACGACUCAGAUGAAGGGAACGAGAACGAGAAUGAGAACGAGGUUCCGGGGCCACAGAACAGCCAGCUCACCUGGAAGCAGGGGCGUCAGCUACUGAGACAGUACCUGCAGGAGGUGGGCUACACGGACACCAUCCUGGAUGUGAAGUCCCAGCGGGUGAAGGCUCUGCUGGGAUUGGCCGGAGACACGGGGGAGCGGCCCUCCGACAGGAACCCCGAGCCCAUGGUCAACGGCACGGAGUCGCUCCAGAGCAGCGUCAUGAUCGGGAAACCCGACCUGAGCGACUCGGCGUCGGUUCUGGAGGCGUUCAAGUUCAUCGAGAGCGCGGCGGCCGAGUUCAGCGACGAAGACGAGGAUGAAGACAGCGAGGGGAAGGACAGGACCAUCAUGGAGACCUCAACGAUGAGGAAGAAGGGCUCUUCAUCACCCUCCUCGUCCUCGGCGGACAUCAGCGACGAUCCCGAUCCCGACACGGAGGAGGCCCUGAAGGGCUUCGACUUCCUGGCCAGCCCCGACGAGCUGGACGGAUCGCCGGAAUCCCGGAGCGCCGGGGACGGGACGGACUGGGAGAAGGAAGAACAGUGUCCCAUGUCAGAGGCCUGGGAUGUGGACCAAAAUCUGAUAACCAAACUGAAGGAGCAGUACAGAAAGGAGCGCAAGGGCAAAAAGGGGGUGAAGAGACCCAACCGGUCCAAGCUCCAGGACAUGUUGGCCAACCUGCGGGACGCGGAGGACCUGCCCCCCAUGCAGCCGUCCGUCACCCCCCCCGCGAGGCCGAGUGUCCCCCGGCUCAACGAGCAGGAAGCCAACCGCGCUGACGAAGUGGAGGCCAUGACGUUCCCGCCCACGUCGGGGAAGUCGUUCAUCAUGGGCGGGGACGAGGCGAUGGAGAGUGAGCUGGGCCUGGGCGAGCUGGCGGGCCUGACGGUGGCCAACGAGGCCGACAGCCUGGCGUACGAUAUCACCAACAACAAAGACGCGCUGAGGAAGACGUGGAACCCCAAGUUCACGCUGCGGAGCCACUUCGACGCCAUCCGCGGCCUGGCGUUCCACCCGGUGGAACCCGUCCUGGUCACCGCCUCCGAGGACCACACGCUCAAGAUGUGGAACCUGCAGAAGACCGCGCCCGCCAAGAAGAGUGCCGCUCUCGAUGUGGAACCCAUAUACACCUUCAGGGCCCACAGGGGCUCUGUGCUGUGUGUGGUCAUGAGCUCGUCGGGGGAGCAGUGCUUCAGCGGGGGCGUGGACGGCACCAUCCAAAGCUGGAACACCCCCAACCCGAACAUCGACCCCUACGACUCGUAUGAGCCGUCGGUCCUGCGGGGGGCGCUGUGCGGGCACACAGACGCAGUGUGGGGCCUGGUGUACAGUUCGGCCCACCAUCGCCUCCUCUCCUGCUCGGGCGACGGCACGGUGAGGCUGUGGAACGCCGCAGACACCUCCCCCGCCCUCGCCGUCUUCAACGAGAACAGAGAGCUGGGAAUCCCCUCGUCGGUGGACCUGGUGUGCAGUGAGCCCGCCCACAUGGUGACCUCGUUCAGCACCGGGGAGACGGGCCUGUUCAACAUGGAGACGCAGCAGCUGGUCCUGAGCCUGGAGUCCGCCGGGGAGCCGGGACUCCCCUGCCAGAUCAACAAAGUGCUGAGUCACCCCACCCUGCCCAUCACCAUCACCGCCCAGGAGGACCGGCACAUCAAGUUCUUCGACAACAACACGGGGAAGCUGAUCCACUCCAUGGUUGCGCACUUGGACGCGGUCACCAGCCUGGCAGUGGACCCCAGACUCUAUCUGAUGUCCGGGAGUCACGACUGCUCGAUCAGGCUGUGGAACCUGGAGAGUAAGACGUGCAUCCAGGAGUUCACGGCUCACCGCAAGAAGUUUGACGAGUCCAUCCACGACGUGGCGUUCCACCCGACCAAGUGCUACAUCGCCAGCGCGGGCGCCGACGCCCUGGCCAAGGUGUUCGUAUGACCCGGAGAGCCUCCUCUUCCUCCUCCUCCUCCUCCUCCUCCUCCUCCUCAUCCUCCUCUCCCCGCCACGGCCGCCCGCCAUCGGGGACGGAACCAGGGGCGGGACUUAAGAGGACCCCGCCCCCCGCCAACCCCUCCACCAAUCAGCUCCUCCUCCACUCGUCGGCUCCUCCCACAACAACGAGCCCCCACACCUGUGAUUGGUCUGUCGGACCUCUUGUUCGGACACUUGGACAGAGACGGGCGUGGCUG